UUCCUCUCAAGUAAACUUCUCUUAUAUAAUUUUAGCUCAUGAAACCGGCUUUACCCCACAAAUUGCCUUAUACUUUUGGUUAUGGCUGAUAUUGAUUUCCACCCAAAACCCUUAAAGCUCUUUGGCUUCAACAUCGUCGAAAGCACCGCCGACGAUUCGACCAAACCUCCACCCGGAUUUCCAGAACUCGAACCGGAUGCCCGUAAAUACGAGUGUCAAUACUGUUGCAGGGAGUUUGCUAACUCUCAAGCCCUAGGAGGUCACCAAAAUGCUCACAAGAAGGAAAGACGGUUACUGAAGCAAGCUCAAAUGCUAGAUGCUACGCGGAAUUCCAUGAUAUCGGCUUUUAUGCGUCCGCCGCACCUCUUUCCCACGGCGAUGCUACCGGCACCGCCGAAGUAUCGUUCUUCUUUUUACAUGCCAACUGGAGGAGGACGUGCCCCGUUGCAUAUGUUGCAUGGUGGCACGUACCUUAGUGGAGCGCGUUUAUAUACAGGAGAAGGAAGGGAGACCAUGGCAGCUGCGUUGUCCGGUGAUGUCCAUCGUACCGGAGUUUUCCGAGAAGGCGAUUAAGAGAAGAUGAUGGUGGGGCUAAGAUUGAUAAUGGGUUAGGUCUUGAUUUACAUCUUAGUCUCGGA